GUGUGCCGCUGGGCUCCGCUUAGGCAGAGUCUGCGAGCGCCGCGCCCGGGCAUUGCCAGCUCCGGGGAGGCGCCGCCCGCAAGGACACCUCUCCGUCCCGCCUCGUCUGCAACUCCGGUCCUUGUCGAGCUCGACGCGAGCCAGGAGUCCGGACGUCCCUCUGCGCGCAGCUCAGCAGCUCGAGUAGUCCCCGCUGCCCCAGCUCGGAGCCAACUCCAUCUCGGACCUGGGACUCCUGACGCGGAUUCUCAGACACUUCUCACCUCGGGGCUGUGCCUGCCUCCCUCUUGCUCUCCCGCUGCCCUCCUUCUCCGCUCAGGACGGGGGUGCCAAGAUGCCCCGCUACUGCCCAGGGCCCUGGGCCGCCCCCGACGUGUGACCCCAGCCUGGUCCCCCUGCUCGGCCGUCCGCCCUCCCCUUGGAGAACCCCGGCCCGGCCCCCGGGGGAGGAGGAAGACGACGACGAGGCCGAGGGGGGGAUGUCCAGCUCCAAAAGCGUGAGCCCCCCGGGCUACGCGGCGCAGACAGCGGCGGCGCCGGCGUCCCGGGGAGGCCCGGAACACCGCUCGGCGUGGGGCGAGGCCGACUCCCGCGCCAAUGGCUACCCCCACGCCCCCGGGGGUUCGGCCCGCGGCUCCACCAAGAAACCCGGGGGGACGGUGACCCCGCAGCAGCAGCAGCAGCGCCUGGCCAGCCGCUGGCGCAGCGACGACGACGACGAUCCUCCGCUGAGUGGCGAUGACCCCCUGGCUGGGGGCUUCGGCUUCAGUUUCCGUUCCAAGUCGGCCUGGCAGGAGCGCGGCGGCGACGACUGCGGUCGCGGCAGCCGGCGGCAGCGGCGGGGCGCGGCCGGCGGGGGCAGCACCCGAGCGCCCCCUGCGGGCGGCGGCGGCGGCUCGGCGGCGGCGGCGGCCGCAGCUGGCGGGACGGAGGUGCGCCCCCGUUCUGUGGAGCUGGGUCUGGAGGAGCGGCGGGGCAAGGGCCGCGCGGCCGACGAGCUGGAGGCCGGCGCCGUCGAGGAAGACCAGGGCUCCGGAGAUGGCGGCAGCUUGGCAGGCUCGGGCGCGGGGCCUGGCGCGGUGCUGUCGCUGGGCGCCUGCUGCCUGGCACUGCUGCAGAUAUUCCGCUCGAAGAAGUUCCCGUCGGACAAGCUGGAGCGGCUGUACCAGCGCUACUUCUUCCGUCUGAACCAGAGCAGCCUCACUAUGCUCAUGGCUGUGCUGGUGCUCGUGUGCCUCGUCAUGUUGGCCUUCCACGCGGCACGGCCCCCGCUGCAGCUGCCCUACCUGGCCGUGCUGACGGCUGCCGUGGGUGUGAUCCUCGUCAUGGCCGUGCUCUGCAACCGCGCCGCCUUCCACCAGGACCACAUGGGCCUGGCCUGCUACGCGCUCAUCGCCGUGGUGCUGGCUGUCCAGGUGGUGGGCCUGCUGCUGCCCCAGCCGCGCAGCGCCUCCGAGGGCAUCUGGUGGACUGUGUUCUUCAUCUAUACUAUCUACACGCUGCUGCCCGUGCGCAUGCGGGCCGCGGUACUCAGCGGGGUGCUCCUGUCUGCCCUCCACCUGGCCAUCGCCCUGCGCACCAACGCCCAGGACCAGUUCCUGCUCAAGCAGCUCGUCUCCAACGUCCUCAUUUUCUCCUGCACCAACAUCGUGGGCGUCUGCACCCACUACCCGGCUGAGGUCUCCCAGAGACAGGCCUUCCAGGAGACCCGGGAGUGCAUCCAGGCUCGGCUGCACUCGCAGCGGGAGAACCAGCAGCAGGAGCGGCUUCUGCUGUCUGUCCUUCCCCGUCACGUUGCCAUGGAGAUGAAAGCAGACAUCAAUGCCAAACAGGAGGAUAUGAUGUUCCAUAAAAUUUACAUCCAGAAACAUGACAACGUGAGCAUCCUGUUUGCUGACAUCGAGGGCUUCACCAGCCUGGCGUCCCAGUGCACCGCCCAGGAGCUUGUCAUGACCCUCAACGAGCUCUUCGCCCGCUUCGACAAGCUGGCUGCAGAGAAUCACUGUUUACGUAUUAAGAUCCUGGGAGAUUGUUAUUACUGCGUCUCAGGGCUGCCUGAAGCCAGGGCUGACCAUGCCCACUGCUGCGUGGAGAUGGGCAUGGACAUGAUUGAGGCCAUCUCGCUGGUCCGGGAGGUGACAGGUGUCAACGUGAACAUGCGUGUGGGAAUCCACAGCGGGCGAGUGCACUGUGGCGUCCUUGGCCUCAGGAAGUGGCAGUUCGACGUCUGGUCUAACGACGUCACGCUGGCCAACCACAUGGAGGCUGGAGGCAAGGCGGGACGCAUCCACAUCACCAAGGCCACGCUCAACUACCUGAAUGGCGACUACGAAGUGGAGCCGGGCGGUGGGGGCGAGCGCAACGCCUACCUCAAAGAGCACAGUAUCGAGACCUUCCUCAUCCUGCGCUGCACCCAGAAGCGGAAAGAAGAGAAGGCCAUGAUUGCCAAGAUGAAUCGCCAGAGAACCAACUCGAUCGGGCACAACCCACCACACUGGGGGGCCGAGCGCCCCUUCUACAACCACCUGGGUGGCAACCAGGUGUCCAAGGAGAUGAAACGGAUGGGCUUUGAAGAUCCCAAGGACAAGAACGCCCAGGAAAGUGCGAACCCCGAGGAUGAAGUGGAUGAAUUUCUGGGCCGUGCCAUUGACGCCAGGAGCAUCGACAGGCUACGAUCUGAGCAUGUUCGCAAGUUCCUCUUGACCUUCAGGGAGCCUGACUUAGAGAAGAAGUACUCCAAGCAGGUGGAUGACCGAUUCGGUGCCUACGUGGCAUGUGCCUCGCUCGUCUUCCUCUUCAUCUGCUUUGUCCAGAUCACCAUUGUGCCCCACUCCGUGUUCAUGUUGAGUUUCUACCUGACCUGUUUCCUGCUGCUGACCUUGGUGGUAUUUGUGUCCGUGAUCUACUCCUGCGUGAAGCUCUUCCCGGCCCCGCUGCAGAGGCUAUCCAGGAAGAUCGUGCGGUCCAAGAUGAACAGCACCCUGGUGGGCGUGUUCACCAUCACCCUGGUGUUCCUGUCAGCUUUUGUCAACAUGUUCACGUGCAACUCCAAGGACCUGUUUGGCUGCCUGGCGGACGAGCACAACAUCAGCGCCAGCGAGGUCAACGCAUGCCACGUGGUGGAGUCAGAUGGCAACUACAGCCUGGGUGACGAGCGGGGCUUCUGCGGCAGCCCCUGGCCCAACUGCAACUUCCCCGAGUACUUCACCUAUAGCGUGCUGCUCAGCCUGCUGGCCUGCUCCGUGUUCCUGCAGAUCAGCUGCAUCGGGAAGCUGGUGCUCAUGCUGGCCAUCGAGCUCAUCUACGUGCUUGUCGUUGAGGUGCCCGGUGUCACGCUCUUUGACAAUGCCGACCUACUGGUCACAGCCAACGCCAUAGACUUCAACAACAACGGGACCUCCCAGUGCCCUGAGCACGCGACCAAGGUGGCGCUGAAGGUGGUGACGCCCAUCAUUAUCUCGGUCUUUGUGCUGGCCCUGUACCUGCACGCCCAGCAGGUGGAGUCCACCGCCCGCCUUGACUUCCUCUGGAAACUGCAGGCCACUGAGGAGAAGGAGGAGAUGGAGGAGCUGCAGGCCUACAACCGGCGGCUGCUGCACAACAUCCUGCCCAAGGAUGUAGCCGCACACUUCCUGGCCCGCGAGCGGCGCAAUGAUGAGCUCUACUAUCAGUCGUGUGAGUGCGUGGCUGUCAUGUUCGCCUCCAUCGCCAACUUCUCCGAGUUCUACGUGGAGCUGGAGGCCAACAACGAGGGCGUCGAGUGCCUGCGGCUGCUCAACGAGAUCAUCGCCGACUUUGACGAGAUCAUCAGUGAGGAUCGGUUCAGGCAGCUGGAAAAGAUCAAGACCAUCGGCAGCACCUACAUGGCCGCCUCGGGCCUCAACGACUCCACCUAUGACAAGGUGGGCAAGACUCACAUCAAAGCUCUGGCUGACUUCGCCAUGAAGCUGAUGGACCAAAUGAAGUACAUCAAUGAGCACUCCUUCAACAACUUCCAGAUGAAGAUUGGGCUCAAUAUCGGCCCCGUAGUGGCUGGGGUGAUUGGGGCCCGCAAACCUCAGUACGACAUCUGGGGCAAUACAGUGAACGUGGCCAGCCGCAUGGACAGCACCGGGGUGCCCGACCGCAUCCAGGUCACCACAGACAUGUACCAGGUGCUGGCCGCCAACACGUACCAGCUGGAGUGCCGGGGUGUGGUCAAGGUCAAGGGCAAAGGCGAGAUGAUGACAUACUUCCUCAACGGAGGGCCCCCGCCCAGUUAGCAGCCGCCGCGGACGCCAGGCAGCCUGGUCUCCAGAGAAACGGCGGAAGCCUCGCUCCAGCCCACGAGGCCGCCCUGAGAUUUUCCACUUUGACUCCAGAAGCAGCUUCUGCCUUGGCGGGCGGGCGGUCUCCAUCCCAGGCCCCGGGGUGCCAGCGUCCUGCGAGCACCAAGCUGACCAAAGAUGUCUCCCCCUGUAGUAGACGCCGCCAUACUCGGUCGGAAUCUCGUUUUCUAACGGGUGCUGCGGUGCGUGCGCGGGCGGAGAGGCGCCGCUGGAGGGGCCUGGUUGCGUGGCAGCCCCGUGUGCGGGGCCGCGGGAGCACGGCCUCGGUGGGCGGGAGGCGGCGCCACCUGGCCCCGGGCCCUGGGGCUGCUUUUCUAUGUGAGCCUUGAAACUUCAGACCGAGGUCGCGGCCCUGCUCCGUGGUGGAGGGGGCCCUGGGCAGGAGUGCUGGCUUUGGAGGGACCGAGGCCUUCCUUGCGGGCUCCUCCCACACCCCCCCACACACACAGCCGGUGCCCCUGGAGGGGGCAGAACUGCGAGGGGGAGGCCAGAGGCCCCGGAGCAGGGAGUGGCGGUUCUGAGAAAAAGAAAAUAUUUAUUAAAUAAAACAAAACACGUUUCUGUGCCCUUCUUUAGACUAUGCUAGUUGUAUGCGUGUAAGAAACCCACAGGCAAAGCAGGAUGCCACUGGGGAGGGAGGGCGGGGACCCCCACUUGUCUUUUUGUAUUUUUUACUUUGUAUUAUUGAAAACCUUGGAGAUCUAACAAAUAUACCAAAUUCUAUAUUUUGUAAAUUCUCUAUAUUAGAAAACAGCUGUGCACAGCAGGGCAUUUGUGCUCAUUUGUACUGUACGUAUGUCAAUGUACUGGAGUGUGUGUGUGUGUGUUUAUGCUGCGGAACUGGUCUCAUUCAGGACACCUGUUUCCCUCACUUCAGAUUUCCCCAGGUCCAACCAGAACAGUGAGCAUGUCCUUUCGGGGUACCAUAGGUAGGAAGAUGCAUGCACACAUUACCCCACCUCCCUCUCUCUUUCUCACACACACACACACACACACACACACACACACACACACAUCACUUCCCCUAAGUAAAAUGCAAACAAAAUGAAAAGAAAACAAAAGCUUCUUUCCCAUCUCAGGCCAAGUUGGAAUCCAGGGAAGCAGCCUCAACCUGCGGUGGACAGCUCGGCCACCUUCCACCCUUCCACUCCCUGAGAUGUCAGCGUUUGCUGCCUGCAGAGAGGCAGCUCCUGCAACUCUGAGAGCUCAGCUGGCGUUGGGGGUGUGAGGAAACCUCGCCUGCCUGGCUCCUCUGUUGGCCGAGGUGCAGGUGGCUCUCUCAGGAGAUGAUCCCUCAGACUUGGGGAUGUAAUAUGCAGCUUUCAGGCAAGGAAAGGGCGGUGGCCUUGCUCUCCACCUGCAAACCAGACAGAGGAAAGAGUAGAGGCCAGCUUCAGAGUCCAUGGGGCAAAGCUAGCAGAAAUUUCGUUUUGUCUGAUUUUUGUUUUGGGGGGAGGGAGCAGUCAAAUAUACCAAGAAAAAGCUCUAUUUUUUUAUACCCUAUGAGGGAGGUAUUUGGGAAAUGAUACACUAUUAUAGAGACAUAUUCAAACAGAAUCCUUUGGUCCUGUGCCCAGAUCUUCUCGUUGCUUCUCAGGGCAGCAUUAUUCUCGCCUCCAUCAUGGGCUUGAAGGAGGUGAGGAGGCAGCUAUAUGCCAGCUGCGAAGUGUUACGUUGAUGCCCACCUGCACCACCCUCCCCUUUCCACACACUGUCUCCCACCCCAGUUUGAACACAGCUCUGAGAAGCAAAGCUUAUGGACCUAAAACUGGCAGCCUUAGUCUCUCUGUGCUUUUGCUGCUCCAGCCUCUGAAUUCUGCAUCACGCCUCUUGCAUCUGUCACGAGGGGCCGGCUCUCUCCAUGGUGUUGUAUUCAAGUCCCCGACCCCUCCAUAUGGCCCGCCAGUGGUGCUGGGUUUUCAUUUUGCUCCCAACCUGAGUAAUGUGCGUGCUGAGUUUCUCCUGUGUUUCCCCUGUUGGUCAUGGCCUCCCUGGCCUUGUGGGGACCCAUCCUCCCCAUCCCGGCAGUGACUGGUGACAACGUGUAGUGCCAGCUCUUCAUUCCCUCCAAGGGGUGUGCACACUUUUUAUCCCUGCUCUUGCAAAAAUGAAUACAAUUAUGAUUUCCCAUGGAAAUUGAAAAGUCUAUUUAACUAAUUUAACUAUUAAACAC